UAUCGCAAUAAACAGGUUUUGCCCGUUGAAUCCGCGAAGAUGAUCUUACAAUAGACGUAUUAUCAGUAUUUGUAUUGUUCGACGCGCGAUGAACAGUUAUAACGUCGAGUCAUGAUUUUCGACCACCUGAUAAAAACUGACCGAAUAUUCUUUCAUUUGCUGCUUCUCAUCGCAACUGUACAAAAUUUCAAUACAGAAGCUGGUAAACAUAAUCGUAAUAAAUGUGGAAGUGACAGUUUCCACUGCGGUUCGGGUGACUGCAUUAAUAAUCUACUUGCAUGCGAUGGAAUACUGCAUUGCAAAGACGGUUCAGAUGAGACCUCACCAGUUUGCUCCAACACAUUUUGUCCACCUUUCAUGUUUCAAUGCAAUUAUGGCGGAUGUGUGAAAAUAUCGAGCAUAUGUAACGGUGUAUUUGACUGUAACGAUCAAUCUGACGAACCACCAAUAAACGAAUGCAGAAUUCCGGGUUAUCCCAAGCCUACGAGUGGCACCACGAACAGCCCACCAAAAACAAAACCUACCAAAUCACCUACACCAGCACCAACUCCAGUCACAAGUACAUCUACUACUACCACUACUGAAACCGUGCCAGUGACAUCAGGUAGCUGUCAACUGCCGAUAAAAACUGAAGACCAAGAUUACAUUAUUAAUGACUGCGAUAAACAACCCGGUGGCACCUACUGCGAUUACACCCCUGGACAAUAUAUCGAUCAAUUCGCGACAAUUACUUUACGAUGCAAUCCAAAUUAUUACAGUCAGAUAGCGGAAAACACGACAGCAUUUUGUUUGGAAGGAAGCUGGACACCGUCGAUUGUACACUGCGAAGAAUGCGGUUUAACAACUGCUCCAGGGAAUGUUAACGAUAAUUACGUUCCGUGGCUUGUCGCCAUUUACGAUUCUCAGAGAAGUUACAAUAUUUGUUGGGGUACUUUACUCUCUCCCUUUACUGUUCUCACUGCCGCCCAUUGCAUUUUUGAUGAAAUCAGUAAUCAGAAGAAAGAACCAUCCAAUUUUUUCGUUUUGUUGGGAAAAAAUUUACUCAGCGGUGAAGAAGAUGAUUCAACUAAACGGUACAAAAUAUCCAGUAUUACCUUAGUAAAUGAUGCAUUCGACGGCGCUAAAUCUAAUUAUAAAGCAAAUCUAGCGAUAUUUGAAAUGGAUUCUAAAAUAACGUACACCGACUACAUUAAGCCCGUUUGUGUGGAUUGGCAAAACAGAAUCAAUUUCAGACCAAACGAUGGAGUUCAAGGAUUCAUUCCAGCUUGGAUUCUUAAUCGUCAAGCAGCCAGGGGCGAACUUCGUCCGCAGAAAUCUCCAUACAUAUCGAGUAAAAAUUGUCGAACUCUCGCACCGGAAUCUUCAAAACCAUACGUAACCGACGACAAAUUUUGUGCAACGUUAACUCCGGGUACCACCAUCGAUGGCGGAAAUGGAGGAAAUGGAUUCUAUCUGACCAACUCUAAUAGAAAAAAUUAUCAUUUAUUCGGAGUUGUAAGUACUCAUUUCUACGAUCGUAGCAAUACUCCGGUAUUAAUUGUUACGGAUUUGGGUAAAUAUCGUGCACAAGUCCAAUCGUUCAUGGAUGAGAUUGAAAAUAGAAGAAAAAGCGAUGAAUUAAUAGACGUCCGUUUUCCUACCGAGCGACCAACCCCGGCAGGCAAGAAGUCCAAUUAGAUAUUUAUUAGAGAAGAUACGCGAUGAAACGCGUUAUCUCGUAUUCUCGUUUAAUUAUUCCAUUAUAAUUUUAUCCCAUGUGUUUUAUAUUUAUUGAGCUUUUGAAAACCAAGCUAGUGAGUACCUACUUUACCUGCCUAUAUCAAUAAACAGCACAUGUGUACUCGAACCAACCAUUUUCUCCCUUUAAUUUCGUAAGUAAUAUUUUUUUACACCCACGUAGGUACUACAUACUUUUGUACUGCUAUAUGAAGUAAAAACCACGAGUAUAGUAAAAUUAAAGUUUUUCAACGAA